UUUAUAUUUUGUCCCAAAUAAAUAUUGUUUCCGGUUUUGGUCCUAACGUCAUUCAUAUUUUCCGAUGCCAGUUUCUGUAAGACCGGAGAGAACUGGAGAAGAAGAAGAAGUACUCUUUUCAAUUUCUUCUUCAGAUCGGGAUCUCUCAACAUGGAAUCACCUGUUGGAGGUGUGAGGCAAACGUCUGUGAUAGUUGUGACAUUGGAGACUGGUGAAGUAUAUGUGAUUGCGAGUUUAUCGUCUAGGCUUGACACUCAGGUCAUUUAUGUUGAUCCCACUACUGGAGCUCUUCGCUACAAUGCCAAGCCUGGUUCUGAUGUUUUUAAAUCCGAGAAGGAAGCUAUGAAUUUCAUUACAAAUGGCUCAGAAUGCUUGUGUAGGAGCACGACCUAUGCGCGUGCGAUCUUGGGAUAUGCUGCUUUGGGCAGCUUUGGUUUGCUUCUUGUGGCUACCAAGUUGACUGCUACUGUUCCGAAUAUGCCUGGCGGAGGGUCUGUGUAUACGGUGACUGAGAGCCAGUGGAUCAAGAUUCUGCUUCAGAAUCCGCAACCGCAGGGGAAAGGAGAAGUGAAGAAUGUUAAUGAGUUGACUGAUAUGGACAUUGAUGGCAAGCAUUACUUUUGUGAGGCAAGGGACAUCACUCGGCCAUUUCCUAGUCGAAUGUGCUUGCGUGAACCUGACGAUGAAUUCGUUUGGAAUGCUUGGUUCUCGAUGCCUUUCAAAAACAUUGGGCUUCCACACCAUUGUGUUACCCUUCUUCAGGGUUUUGCAGAAUGUCGAAAUUUUGGAUCCUCAGGGAAUCUGGAAGGAGUUGUUGCUCUCAUAGCUCGUCGUAGCAGGCUGCAUCCUGGUACUCGAUACUUGGCUAGGGGAUUAAAUUCAUGUUCUAGCACAGGAAACGAAGUGGAGUGUGAGCAACUUGUAUGGGUCCCUAAAAGGGCUGGCCAAACAGUUCCUUUCAACACUUAUGUUUGGCGGCGGGGUACAAUUCCAAUCUGGUGGGGUGCAGAAUUAAAGAUCACUGCUGCUGAAGCAGAAAUAUAUGUUUCAGACCGUGAUCCUUAUAAAGGGAGCGCAGAAUACUACCAGCGGUUGAGUAAAAGGUACGAUGCACAUAAUUUAGAUGUACCUGAUGGGGGAACUCAGAACAGAAAAGCAUUAGUUCCGAUUGUAUGUAUCAACUUGCUUAGGAAUGGAGAAGGAAAGUCAGAAUCCAUUUUAGUACAGCAUUUUGAGGAAUCUUUAAACUACAUCAGAACCACAGGAAAACUUCCUUAUACUCGAAUUCAUUUAGUAAACUAUGACUGGCAUGCAAGUACCAAGUUAAAAGGUGAACAGCAAACGAUUGAAGGAUUAUGGAAACAUCUGAAAGCACCCACUGUAUCUAUAGGCAUUUCUGAAGGAGAUUAUUUGCCUUCACGAGACAGAAUUAAGGACUGCAGAGGAGAAAUCAUCUAUAAUGAUGAUCUAGAAGGUGCUUUCUGCUUAAGAUCCCAUCAAAAUGGUGUAAUACGUUUCAACUGUGCUGAUUCUUUGGAUAGAACAAAUGCUGCAAGUUAUUUUGGCUCUCUUCAAGUUUUUGUGGAGCAGUGUAGGCGGCUAGGUAUAUCGCUUGACAGUGAUUUGGCAUUUGGUUAUCAGUCAAUGACUAAUUAUGCUGGGUACACAGCUCCUUUGCCGCCGGGAUGGGAGAAGAGGUCUGAUGCAGUAACAGGGAAAACAUACUACAUUGAUCACAAUACUAGGACCACAACAUGGAUGCAUCCGUGUCCCGAUAAACCUUGGAAGAGAUUUGAUAUGUCAUUUGACGAAUUCAAGAGAUCAACAAUUUUAUCUCCAGUAUCCCAGCUUGCAGAUCUUUUUCUGCUCGCUGGUGAUAUUCAUGCAACACUUUAUACUGGUUCUAAAGCUAUGCAUAGUCAAAUCCUCAGCAUUUUCAAUGAAGAUGCUGGAAAGUUUAAACAAUUUUCUGCCGCACAGAAUAUGAAAAUAACUUUGCAGAGGCGAUACAAAAAUGCAGUUGUAGACAGCUCUCGUCAAAAGCAAUUGGAGAUCUUCCUCGGAAUGAGAUUAUUCAAGCAUCUUCCAUCAGUUUCUUUUUACCCUCUGAAUGUAGUCUCUCGACCAUCUGGUUUCUUCCUUAAGCCAGUUGCUAAUAUGUUUCCAAGUUCCAAUGGUGAAGCCGGUCUUCUGAGUUUCAAAAGAAAAGACCUAAUCUGGGUUUGCCCACAAGCUGCAGAUGUGGUUGAACUGUUUAUCUAUCUAGGUGAGCCUUGCCAUGUAUGUCAGCUUCUUCUCACAGUGUCCCACGGUGCAGAUGACUCGACCUAUCCAUCAACAGUUGAUGUAAGGACAGGGCGCUGUUUAGAUGGGCUGAAACUGGUUUUAGAGGGUGCUUCAAUACCUCACUGUGUAAAUGGAACAAAUCUCAUAAUACCCAUACCUGGUCCAAUUAGUGCAGAGGAUAUGGCUGUAACAGGAGCUGGUGCACGCCUUCAUGCUGAUGACAUAUCGACCCUUCCAUUAUUGUAUGAUUUUGAAGAAUUGGAAGGAGAACUUGAUUUCCUCACUCGUGUAGUUGCCCUUACAUUUUAUCCCGCUGUCUCGGGAAAAACCCCUAUUACUCUUGGUGAGGUAGAAGUCCUCGGAGUUUCUCUUCCUUGGAAGGGUGUAUUUAAUAAAGAAGGCCCUGGUGCAAGAUUACCUGAACAGGCUAAAACCUUUCAGAAUGAAACCAAACCAUCUUUUUCUCGUUCAUAUACCAACCCAUUUUCUGGUGCUUCAUCUAUUGAUGUGCCACCACCAGUGCAAACAAGUGCAUCAGCAAACAAUUUGGUUGACCUGUUGACCGGAGAGAUCAUUCAUUCAGAACACAUUGCUCAGCCAGUGAUAGGAAAUGACACUGACAAUGGAGGUGACUUGCUUGAUUUUUUGGACCAAGCUGUUGUUGAAUAUCAUGGUGCUCAAAAUGAUCAUAAAUUGUCUUCAUCGCACGAUGGUAGAGCUUCAGAUAGCAGAUCCCAGCAGUACAUUAAUCAAUUGAAAUUAAUUGCUGGGCCACGUAUGGAAAGAAAACUAGACUUCAUGGAAGCUAUGAAACUUGAAAUUGAGCGGCUCAGGCUGAAUAUUUCUGCUGCUGAAAGGGACAGAGCUUUAUUAUCAAUUGGAACUGAUCCUGCUACUAUAAACCCUAACGUGUUACUUGAUGAACGUUACAUGGGAAGAUUGUGCAGAGUUGCAAACGCCCUUGCACUUCUUGGACAAGCAUCCUUGGAAGAUAGAAUUACAUCUGCUAUUGGUCUUGAGUCUACUGAUGACAGUGUGAUAGAUUUUUGGAAUAUAAGUAGAAUUGGGGAGUGUUGUUAUGGUAGCAUGUGUGAGGUGCGUGCCGAAGGUGAUCCACGUACAAGUAAAUCCUUUUCGGAAUCAUCAGGUGGAGGGUCUCCUUCAACCUCGUUAUGUUCUCAGUGUCAAAGGAAAGCUUGUAAAGUUUGUUGUGCUGGAAGAGGAGCCCUUCUGGUUACAGGCUAUGGCUCAAGGGAGGCCACAAAUUAUAAUGGUGUGGUAAGGCAGGGGGGAUCAAGCCAUGGUAGCCAGGUUGAUAUCUCUACAAAUCGCUCGGUAGUGCUUGAUGGUGUUGUUUGCAAACGGUGCUGCCAUGAAAUCGUGCUUGAUGCUUUGAUAUUGGACUACAUGAGGGUUUUGUUAAGCAUGAGAAGAAGCUCCCGUGCAAAUACUGCUGCGCAUGAAGCCUUAAACCAGGUGACUGGGUUUUCCUUAAACAAUGGUCUUUCUGAGAGUAAUCAGUCUUCUGGAAAGAGAUCCAUCAAAUCUCUGCGACAAGUACUUGACGGAGAGGAAUCCCUUGCUGAGUUUCCGUUCGCCAGCUUCUUACACUCGGUUGACACGGCUACUGAUUCAGCUCCACUCUUGUCAUUGCUUGCUCCUCUUGAUUGUGGAUCAUGGCAUUCUUACUGGAAAGCUCCUCCUAGUACAUCCUGUGUUGAAUUUAUUAUUGUUCUUGGUACCCUUUCUGAUGUCAGUGGGGUUUCUUUGCUGAUUAGUCCGUGUGGUUACUCUGAGGCUGAAGCUCCCACCGUGCAAAUCUGGGCCAGCAAUAAAAUACACAAGGAAGAACGGUCAUGCAUGGGAAAAUGGGAUGUGCAAUCCCUGAUUGCGUCUUCCUCAGAAUAUUUUGGACCAGAAAAAUUGGUUAGAGAAGAUCAAGUGCCUAGGCAUGUGAAGUUUGCAUUCAAGAAUCCAGUUCGAUGUCGCAUUAUUUGGAUAACGUUACGUCUUCAACGACCUGGUUUGAGUUCUUUAAAUUUUGAGAACUUGAAUCUGUUGUCUCUUGAUGAAAAUCCAUUUGCAGAAGUAACUCGGUGUGCCUCUUUUGGAGGAGCUGUUGAAAGAGAGCCCUGUCUUCAUGCAAAAAGGAUACUGGUAGUAGGAAGUCCGGUGAAAAAAGAUAUAGCACGCACCUCUUCACAAGGCUCUGAUCAAAUGAAUAUGAAAAGCUGGCUGGAGAGAGAUCCACAAUUAAAUAGAUUUAGGGUUCCAAUUGAGGCUGAGAGGGUGUUGGAGAAUGAUUUAGUCUUGGAACAAUUCCUGUCUCCUGCUUCACCUUUGCUUGCUGGGUUUCGUCUUGAUGCUUUUGGUGCAAUAAAACCUUUGGUUACCCAUUCGCCCUCUUCGAAUGCAUGUGUUUGGGAUGUGUCAGGCACACUUUUAGAUGACAGAUACAUCUCUCCUGCUGUGCUGUUCAUACAAGUAUCUACCUUCCAGGAACCCCACAACAUGGUGACCGUUGCAGAAUACAGGUUGCCCGAGGCUAAGCCUGGAACUGCUAUGUAUUUUGAUUUCCCGAGAAAAAUACAAACUCGCAGAAUUACAUUUAAACUUCUUGGAGAUGUUACAGCAUUUGCAGAUGACCCAACAGAACAGGACGAUCCAGGUUCCAGGGGUCUACCAGUAGCAGCCGGAUUGUCAUUAGCCAAUAGAAUCAAGUUGUAUUACUAUGACGAUCCCUAUGAACUUGGAAAGUGGGCGAGCCUUUCGGCAGUUUGAAUCGAAUUAGGUUCACUUAUAUACGGAUGAAAGAACAGGGUUUUGGGUUUUGGGUUUUGGGUCAUGGGUUAUUGAUUUUGAUCGGUUGUGGUCGGUGCAUUUUCAUUUGUAUUUUUUGGCUGUUGUAAUAUCAUCAUUCUUUGAUGUAGUGAUAUCAUUAGAAAUAGGAAAUCAGAAAUGUCUUCUUUGUGCAAGAAUCUGGUGUGAUUAUCUGCUGGAGUUGAGAGCCAUUCUGUUGCAUUCAAUUUAUAGACGAGCAUCUUGACUCUUGAGGGUCCGCAUCUUGAGCUGAGAGCAAAACGUGAUUGAUCUAUAUUAAGGUCCGAGCUACGUUCCUCCU